CGCACCAUUCCAAGAUUGGCCUGCGUGCAUAGAGUUAUGCGCUUGUAGGGAUUCGACUGCAGCACAGCCGCAUACAUCCAUGCUGUAGGUGCGCACGCUCUCUCCGACCUCUCCCAUCGCUCCGCAGGCGUUUCACCGAGGUUGAUGUGGUACAGUUUAGGGGGGGGACUCUCAUUUCGCAGUAGCAAGUGUAUCAAUCAGCAUGGUGCAAAGGCAAGCAAAGGUGGAGGAGGAGGAAGAGGAGGAGGAAGAUUACUACUACGACGUCGGACUGUACGACGAGGAUAGCGACGAUGCAUCCGAUUCGGGAUCUGGCGGUACGUCCGCUUCAGAUUCGGAGUAUGUUCAAGACGAGGUCGACAAGCCCAAGUCCGAACCACGACGGCGUGCGAAGGGAAAGUCUGCGGCUGCGGCUGCGAGCCCAAAAGUUCCCUAUCGAGCUCGAGUGCACGCCCUGGCGGAUACAGGCAGCGCCAUCUCUUCGUCCGACAAUCCAACACGUGCCUCUACCAUCGACCAAGGUGUGCUGGCUAGGAUCAAAAAGGCUCUCUCUCUCGCUCAACACCCCAAUACGGGAGAGGCGGAGGCGAAGCAGGCGAUGAGUAUAAGCAAUAGGCUCAUGAGCAGGUUCAACAUCCUUCAAAGCGAUAUACUGGUCAGCCAAGAUGCGGAAGGAGAAUCCGAUCUGAGCAGAGCGGGUCAGAGCACCGUUUGGGUCACCGCAACCAGCGGCAAGGGCGUCAACAGGGAGUUGUGGAUGAGCACGAUGAGCAUUGCCAUGACCGUCUUUUUCGAUUGCAAGUGCUAUACCGAGCGAUACUACAAGUGCAGAGGGGAGCAAGAUCGCAUGCAAUGGACAUUUUACGGUCUGGCAACCAAUUCUUCAGCGAGCGCAAUGGCUUUCGAAAUGUGCUUCAAUCAGGCUCAGGUUUGGUGCUACGGAGCGAAAGACGCUUUCAAAGGCGCGCUAGCAAAGAACUCAUACCUCGCCGGCAUCGCCAACGGCUUGUACGACAUGGCGGAGGAUGAGAAGGAGGCUGAAGAAAAAGCGGCCAUUGCGCACGAGAAAGCGGAACGUCGCAAGCGCAUCAAGGAGGAAGAGAAGGCGCGGCGGAAAGAGGUUGAAAGAUUAGAAUCUGGUAAUAAGAAGGCCAAAGUUGAAGAUGAGGAGGAGGAGCAAGAAGAUGAGGUAGUCUUUGUGGAGAUGCGCAAAGGCAAGGCGCCUGGCACAUACGACAACAACAUUCGCGUGAAAGAGGAGCCGGACGUCAUCGAUCUGACCGAGCCACGGCCAGCACAUGGCUCAGCAGCGAAGGAGGAAAAUCUAGAUGGAGAUGUACAAGCAGAGGACUCUGACUCGAGUGAUGAGGGAGAUGCACCAGAAGCCCAACUCGACUUUGAGCACGAAGGGGAAGACGCGGAUCAGGAUCUGGAGCAGUACAUUGAAACCGGCCAGAUGCCGCAAGUCAAAGCCGAGACAAAAGCUGAGCCCUCGGCAACCGUGUCGACAGCCAUCGAGGCGCUAGAGAAGGAGCAUGGUCAAGAAGACGUCAAAGACGCGCAGUGGAAAUCGCAUAACCAGUUGGUAGUCUUCCGAAAAAAUGCCGAGUCUAUAGCCGAACAGUACAUCAAGACGCACAAGGUAAAGCUCGGCAUGGCGCGCAAAUUCAAAGAUCGAAAACGCGACAAGAACGCUUAUCGCAAAGGCAAGAAGGAUUCGAAGAACAUGGAUGUCAAAAGGCGCAGGUUGGACUGAUCGAAACGGAUCUAACCUGAACCUCAAUCACCGCUCUGCCCGCUGGGAAAACUCCCGCAAAUCGACUUGUGUUCGCUGUCGCACCUUUGACUGCAGCCGCUUCGUAUCCAUGCUUGGCUUCACUUGCUCUGAUGUUUCAUCCGCACUUUUUGUGUCGCUAAUUGGUCACACAGCCUUUUGUAUCAAACGUUGAACAAAUUUCGCCUCGAGACAAUUCGUGAACGCGUUGGUUGCGGUGUCCAGCUAAGAAGGAGUGCAAGCAGAAAUCGAGAAGAGGCGUUACAUGCGAAGAAGAUCUCGAAACCAUUUCAGCGUCACCUUUCGUUGGAAAGAAGGUUGGAAGUGAAAGAAGCGACGAGCAGCUUGGUCUGGGAGCAAUGUUGGAUGGAGCAGCGAUAGAGGUCAAGGCGAUCCAAUGAGUCCUCGUUGUCGGGCGCCAAAGACGAUGGCGAGU